GAGCGUGAAAGAGCGACGCAGUAGCAGCCAGCCAGCAGCGCGAGCGACAUUCACGGGGCGCCGAGGACCCCUGCACACACCUGCCAACACCAUGAGAUGCUCCGGUGAUGAUUUAUUGAGGUGGCGUCUCCGCGCGCUUAGAUCAAUCACCGAGACACCAUUUCAUUAAUUUAUUUCAUCGCUUUAAUUCAACAGUCUCCGCCCGCGCGCUUUGUCUGGCUACCGAGGAAUCAUCAUCUCUGUCUCGUGAUUGAUCUCCCGCUCGUUUCUGAUUCUGAUGGCGGAGACUAAGAUCAUCUACCACAUAGACGAGGAGGAAACUCCUUAUCUGGUGAAAUUAUCGGUCGCGCCUGAGAAAGUGACGUUGGCCGAUUUCAAAAAUGUUCUCAGCAACCGCCCCGUCCACAGCUACAAAUUCUUCUUCAAAUCCAUGGACCAAGAUUUUGGGGUGGUCAAAGAGGAGAUAUCUGAUGACAAUGCCAAGCUGCCCUGCACCAACGGGAGAGUGGUCUCCUGGUUGGUGCUGGGGGAGAGCUGCCCAUCUGAGUGUGUGUCGAUGUGUACCGAGAGCCAAUCAGAGACGACGCCCCAGCCUCCCGUCCACCAGUCAGAGCCCCCCCCUCAUCGGACCGGAGGCAUCGGAGACUCCAGACCACCAUCAUUCCAUGGCCAGGCGCUGAGUAGCAGAGAAGGCGUGGCCACUGAAACAGGAAGUGAGUCUCUCCAGAGUCACCGCAGGGAGCGGGACAGAGCCAAGACCCGACGGAGGAAAGAGGAGUGUGCCGUGCCUCGGGGUCAGCAUCCGUAUUUCACCAUGGGCAGUGCGACGCUGUUGGAGUGUUUCGGCGUGAGUCACACACGCCUCCACACACACUCCUUCGCACCGCACCAGAAGAAUCGCCACACACACUCGGGAUGUCUCCGCCUCUCCAGGGCCUUCCGCCCAAUCCGAUGCCACCCUGAGGCCAGGCCACGCCCACGCUCCUUUCCCGAUGUGGGUAUCGGGGUGUGUGUGUCGGAGGUGUGUGUGGAGGGGGAGGUUGCCAUGACGGCAUGUGACAGCAUCUCCAUGAUCAGCAGCGACCUGCAGAGCAGUACACACACACACACCGACCAGGACGACAGACUCAGCAGUUCCUCAGAGAAGAGUUCAUCAUCACAGCUGAUGAGGCGACACAAGCGCAAACGCAGACGACAGAAAGUCAACAAGACAGACCGGCCAUCUUCGUUCAGCAGCAUCACUGACUCCACCAUGAGCCUCAACAUCAUCACUGUCACACUCAACAUGGAGAAGUAUAAUUUCCUAGGCAUCAGUAUCGUGGGCCAGAGUAACGAACGUGGUGAUGGUGGCAUCUACAUUGGCUCCAUCAUGAAGGGGGGAGCAGUGGCCGCCGACGGAAGAAUACAACCAGGAGACAUGCUACUGCAGGUGAACGAGGUGAACUUUGAGAACAUGAGCAAUGAUGACGCUGUCAGAGUCCUGAGAGAGAUAGUCUCCAAGCCUGGUCCCAUCAGCCUGACUGUGGCCAAGUGUUGGGAUCCUGCUCCUCGCAGUUACUUCACCGUACCUCCCGGUAAGCACAAAACACAUGUGUGUGUGUGUGUAGCUGAGCCUGUGCGCCCCAUUGACCCGGCUGCCUGGAUCUCACACACUGCUGCUCUCACUGGACCCUUCCCCCAAUACGAAUUUGAUGAGCUGCCUCUGACGGUGGGCAAGACUGACAUGGCAACGGUUGUCAAGGUGAUGCAGCUUCCAGGAUCCGGACUGGAGAUACGAGACCGCAUGUGGCUGAAAAUCACCAUCAACAAUGCAGCCAUAGGUUCUGAGCUGGUGGACUGGCUGUAUACGCGUGUCGAGGGCUUUAAGGAUCGUCGGGAUGCUCGUAAAUACGCCAGCGGACUCUUGAAGCACGGCUACCUCACACACACCGUCAACAAGCUCACCUUCUCAGAACAGUGCUACUACACCUUUGGAGACAUCUGUCAAAACUUGGCGUCUCUGCGCCUGAGCGAGGGUGGUGGGGGUGUGUUGGGGGUGUGUGAGGGUGAGAGUGUGGUUCCCCCCCUCUCCGGUGGCUCCUGGGGGCCUUUAGGGGGGCCCCACCUCUCCUACCCCCCCUACACCGCCUCGGCACCCCCCCACCUCCAUCCCCAUGCCUCCGCCUCUGGCUCUGCCUGCCCCCCCGCGUACUCACACCACUCACACAGCCUGCACAGCACAACACCCAGCAGUCAACACAGCGAACGAAGUCCCAGCAGCAGUUCCAACCCCAGCGUGGGGGGGCGGAGCCAGCAGCUGUUGCCCCGGCAACCGGAGCGUAGGUCACCAGGAAGUGGCCGAGGCAGCGAAUCAGAAGGCGGCACGCAGGGAGACGGGGCACGGAGCGCUCACAGCUCAGCCAGUCACGGGAGCCGACACAGCAACAACCAAUCAGGGCAAAGCCACGCACCUUCGUUGCUAGGCAACCCCCAAUCAGGACAUAACCACUCCCAAGGGGCUCGUAGUCACACCCCCUCCGCACACAGCCAGUCUCAGUCGUCCAAUCACAGUCGGCCACGCUCCUCACAUAGCCACGUAGCCCUCUCCGUGCAGAGCCAAUCCCACUCUGCCACGUCAUCGCAGCAAGGAAAAUUUUGA